GGGAGGAUGAAGAAGGAGAAGAGGAGGAGGUGCCACAACUUGGAGGAGGCGGAAAGAGCAUCGCCUGUGAGGGGGGAAAAAGAGGUGAGAAAGUGCAGGCACAGACAGGAGCUGUUGCCCUUCAGUCGGAGGGCUAUCUGGAGCUCAAACAAACAGCGACUCCUCCGCACUGACCUCCCCCGAGGGACGCGCCGCGCUCUCCGGGCAGCGGUCAUGGCCACGCCGGAGGGCUGCCGCUGUCGGGCUGCCAGCGUCCGAAACAACAACAACAACAGCAGCAGCAUUCUCUACAGCAUUUUGAAGAGCGACCGGGAAGAAGAAGAAGAAGAAACGCUCCACAACUUACUUCACAGGACCGCCUCUUCCGGGCCGGCCUGGCAGCAGGAGCCUCCCCGGCAGCAGCAGCAGGCGUGUUCGUGCGGGGCGACGCGGCGCCGGGGGGUCCUCCGCUCCCCGCACGUGACGUGCAAAGCCGCGUCCGCCAUCCUGGUCAAGACGCUCCGCUUCGUCAAGAACGUCCCCUGCUUCCGGGAGCUGCCGGAGGACGAGCAGGUGGUCCUGAUCCGGAGCGGCUGGGCGCCCCUGCUGGUGCUCGGCCUGGCGCAGGACCGCGUGGACUUCGAGACCACGGAGACGCUGGAGCCCAGCAUGCUACAGCGGAUCCUCACCGGGGAAAAGUCCAGUCCGGGGACGGCCCAGAGCGAGGCGGCGGUGGCGGCUGGCCAGAGCCGAGGCGGAGGCGUGUCGGUGGCGGACAUCGAGACCAUUAAAGGCUUCCUGAAGAAGUGCUGGAGUGUGGACAUCAGCACCAAGGAGUACGCCUACCUGAAGGGAGCGGUGCUCUUCAAUCCGGAUCUGGAGGGUCUCCGCUGUUUCCCGUACAUCCAGUCCCUGCGUCGCGAGGCCCACCAGGCCCUCAACGAGCACAUCAGGCUGAUCCACCGCGAGGACACCACGCGCUUCGCCAAGCUGCUCAUCGCCUUGUCCAUGCUGCAGUCCAUCAGCCCGUCGGUGGUGGCCCAGCUCUUCUUCAAGCCCAUCAUCGGCAGCGUCAACAUCGAGGAGGUCCUCAUGGAGAUGUUCUACGGGAAGUAGUAAGGACCGCGACCCUCCAGCUGCCGCAGUGGCUCCUAUUGUUGGCAAGGAAGGACUGAAUUUGAAAAAGGGACUUUGGAAAAAAAAAAAGAAGGAAUAAUUGACACAAGCUGUAGUGAAUGUUAAAAAAGUAGAAGCAGCUUAACUUAUUUGUUUUAUAUAAACUAUUUUUCUAAAAUGUCUCAUUGAAGUGUUUUUAUCCUCCAUGGGGGUCAGCUGACCUCAGGUCAGUACUUGCUGACACACUUUUAUCGCCUAUCUCACAUUUAGCCAACUGUGGUCAUGCUGAGUCAGGCAAAGAGUUUGUUGACGUUUUGAUUAAAGUCCACGCAAACACUUUUCUAAGACAGGAUGUCUUAUAUUCUGCUAAACUAAUGAUUUGAACUUUUGUAAAGCUGCACAUGCAAUUCCACCAAGAUACAAGAGCAUUUAUUAUUCAUCCUCAUUAUCUUAUAAAAACUGAGUUUUGAUUUGAUUUGAUCUAGAGUGCAGGUGUACGUAAUGAAGUGUCCCCUAAAAUGUAUGUAUUGUCUAUAAAUACCGACGCACAUAGUUAGUUGUUUAGUAGCCAGCUCUACAUCACACAUGUAGUACAUAAUAUACAUA